UGCCCAACGGCUCGCGAAGUGGCAGAUCCUGUGCGAGCCGGUGCUAGGGACUGGUUGCUGCGCUCGGUUCCCGGUGGAGUAGGUCGUGGGCCUCGCCGUCCGGUGACCGGGAGACUUCCAUCAUGAGGAGAAGUGAGGUGAUUGCGGAGGAGUCCAUAUUAUGUCUCCAGAAAGCCCUGACUCACCUUCGGGAAAUAUGGGAAUUGAUUGGGAUUCCUGAGGACCAGCGGUUACAAAGAACUCAGGUUGUGCAUAAGCAUAUCAAGGACCUCCUGGAUAUGAUGAUUGCUGAAGAGGAAAGUCUGAAGGAAAGGCUCAUUAAAAGCAUAGGCAACUGUCAAAAAGAGUUGGCUGUCUUGUGCAGCGAGUUGCGUGUUGAGCCAUUUCAGGAGGAAGGAGAGCCGACCAUCUUGCAGCUGGAAAAAGACUUGCGCACCCAGGUGGAGCUGAUGCGCAAACAGAAAAAGGAGAGGAAACGUGAACUGAAACUACUUACAGAACAGGAUCAAGAACUGUGUGAAGUUCUUUGCAUGCCACACUAUGAAAUUGACAGCGACUCCGUUCCCAGCCUGGAAGAGCUGAACCAGUUCAGAAAACAUUUGGCAACUUUGCGGGAAACAAAGGCAUCUCGGCGUGAGGAGUUUGUCAACAUAAAAAGACAGAUCAUACUGUGCAUGGAAGAAUUAGAUCACACCCCAGACACAAGCUUCGAACGAGAUGUGGUGUGUGAAGAUGAAGAGGCCUUUUGUUUAUCUUUGGAAAAUAUUGCCGCACUACAGAAGUUGCUACAGCAGCUGGAAAUGCGGAAAUCACAAAACGAAGCAGUGUGCGAGGGGCUGCGUGCUCAGAUCCGGGAGCUCUGGGACAGGCUGCAAAUACCAGAAGAAGAGCGAGAAGCUGUGGCCAUGAUUAUGACUGGGUCGAAGGCCAAAGUUAAGAAAGCGCUGCAAUUAGAAGUGGAUCGCUUGGAGGAACUGAAAAUGCAAAACAUGAAGAAAGUGAUUGAGGCGAUACGAGUGGAGCUGGCUAAGUACUGGGACCAGUGUUUCUACAGCCAGGAGCAGAGACAGGCUUUUGCUGCUUACUAUGAUGAGGACUACACAGAAAGUCUGCUCCAGGUCCAUGAUGCUGAGGUUGUGCGGUUAAGAAACUACUAUGAGGUUCACAAAGAACUCUUUGAAGGCGUGCAGAAGUGGGAAGAAAGCUGGAGGCUUUUCUUAGAGUUUGAGAGAAAAGCAUCAGAUCCAAGUCGAUUUACAAAUCGAGGAGGAAAUCUUCUAAAAGAGGAAAAGCAACGAGCCAGGCUCCAGAAAACACUCCCUAAGCUGGAAGAGGAAUUGAAGGCGCAGAUCGAGAUGUGGGAACAGAAACACUCAGCAGCGUUCGUGGUCAAUGGGCAGAAGUUCAUGGAGUACGUGACUGAGCAGUGGGAGACGCAUCGGUUAGAGAAGGAGCGAGCCAAGCAGGAAAGGCAACUGAAGAACAAGAAGCAGACAGAGACAGAGAUGCUGUAUGGCAGUACUCCCAGGACACCCAACAAGCGGCGAGGAAUGACUCCCACUACCCCGGGCAAAGUGCGCAAGCUGAACACUACCACCAUGUCCAAUGCCACGGCCAACAGUAGCAUUCGGCCUGCCUUUGGGGGGACAGUCUACCGCUCCCCCGUGUCUCGACUUCCACCUUCUGGCAGCAAGCCAAUCCUCACUUCCACCUGUUCAGGGAAGAAAAACCCCCGUGCCGUUCGGCAUGGAGCCGACAAGGAGAACCUGGAGCUCAAUGGCAGCUUGCUGAGCGGUGGGUACCCCAGCUCGGCCCCCCUCCAGCGCAACUUCAGCAUUAACUCUGUUGCCAGCACCUACUCUGAGUUUGCGAAGGAUCCGUCCCUCUCUGACAGCUCCACUGUUGGGCUUCAGCUGAACACUACCACCAUGUCCAAUGCCACGGCCAACAGUAGCAUUCGGCCUGCCUUUGGGGGGACAGUCUACCGCUCCCCCGUGUCUCGACUUCCACCUUCUGGCAGCAAGCCAAUCCUCACUUCCACCUGUUCAGGGAAGAAAAACCCCCGUGCCGUUCGGCAUGGAGCCGACAAGGAGAACCUGGAGCUCAAUGGCAGCUUGCUGAGCGGUGGGUACCCCAGCUCGGCCCCCCUCCAGCGCAACUUCAGCAUUAACUCUGUUGCCAGCACCUACUCUGAGUUUGCGAAGGAUCCGUCCCUCUCUGACAGCUCCACUGUUGGGCUUCAGCGAGAACUUUCAAAGGCCUCCAAAUCUGAUGCUUCUUCCCGAAUCCUCAAUUCAACCAACAUCCAUCCCUAAGAAGCCCUGAUCAGUCAGCUAGCUGUGGCUUCCUGGCCUAGACUGGACCCAGUUACACGGGGUGGCUUUCCUUUCUCUCAGUGUAGGUGUGCUUGAAACCCCGGGCAGGCUCAUUACCACGGCCUGGCUGCAGACGAAAGCCCAUCACAGGCCUAGUGGGUCCUUAGACACUUUGUUGGGAGAUCUAGAACUUUGCACAUGUCAGUCCUGGGGCAUAGUUCCCGCUGCACCGUACUCAGUGCGGCCCCGUCCUUAGCUACUCGACUGGUCACUACGAUUCUCCCAAAAGCACUAUUAUUUAUUCCUGCUCCACCCGCGCAGUCCUGCUGUCAGAGCACUAAAUGGUUCUAAGAGGCUUCCAGUGUGGCUCGGGCUGCACGUGGGAGCCCUGCUGUUUUAGUCUGUGUAUACUUGUCCUGUUGUAAAAUAGAUAUUGUUAACAAUAAAUAAAAAUGUGUGUUGUUAGAUUACAAAAACAA